CACCACAUCCACACCAUGAGCGUGCAAACAUUACGACCACCAGACAUAGAGACGCCGACAGAUAGCGUCGAGCUGUCAAUGCUCUCCCAGCUUUCAUCACGCGCAGACGAGCCCUCCGCCCCAGCUACCCCAGCAGCCCCAUUGAAGCCCACCAAGCUUCGCCAAGUCGCUAUCUGCACCGCGUCGUUUUUGUGCAUUUUCACGACAUGCGGUGGCGUCUUCUCCUUCGGUGUCUACCAGGAGCUCUACCAGAGCAUGUCGCAGCAGCCCAAUACGCCGUUUACUGGCGCGUCACCUGCCGCAAUCGACAUUAUCGGAACGCUAAGUGCAGCGUUCAUGACGAUCGGCGCGCCCCUCGCGACGGCAUGGACGAAGCGCUUCUCGCCACGCGUUGCCGUCCUCAUUGGCGCGGCCCUUUCCUUCGCCGCCGCCCUCCUCGCGUCUCACUCAACCGCCCUCUGGCACUUCAUUCUCACGCAAGGCUUUCUCAUGGGGCUCGGCACUUGCUUCUCCUACAUGCCCGCAGCGACGGUCGCGCCCAUGUGGUUCGGGCGACGUCGCGGCCUCGCGAUGGGCAUCAUUCUCAGCGGGACGGGCGUCGGCGGCCUCGUCUGGGCGCCGGUGAUGCACGCUUUGAACGAGCACCUGGGGUUUCGGAAUGCGUUGCGCAUCUCGGGGGGCGUGACGACAGCGCUUGUCGCCGCCGGUGCUCUUGUCCUCGAUUGGGAUCCCGUGAGCAAGGCGCGAAUCGAGGUCGAGAAGGCGCGCCUUGCGGCGCGGCCCCGGUCGCGGCUGCGUAGCUUGUGGGAUGUGCCGCUUGUCGACAUGCGCAUCGCCCGCACAGGCAAGUUCGGCGGCCAGCUGCUCGCCACGUUCCUGCAAAGCGCGGCGUACUAUACCCCUGUCUUCUUCUUCAGCGCGUACGCCCGCACGCUGGGCUACAGCCCCAAACAGGGCGCUAAUUUCAUCGCCAUUAACAAUGCGUUCAAUGCGAUCGGCAAGAUCGGGCUCGGGAUGCUCGCCGACCGCUUUGGUCGCAUCAACAUGCUGCUCAUCACGACGGCGAUCUCGGCGGUGGCGAGUUUCGUGUUUUGGAUGCCGAGCACGCUGCUUGGUGCGCGCGAUCUGGCGGCGGGGCGCGGCCUCUUCGUCACGUACUCGAUCAUGUACGGCACGUUUGCGAGCGCCUACGUCUCGCUCUUUCCGGCGGCGCUCGUCGAGAUCUUCGGCCCGCAGAACUUCGCGUCCGUCAACGGCAUCCUUUACAUGGCCAGAGGAUUUGGCACGCUGGCGGGGACGCCGAGCGCCGGCGCGACAGUGCACUCCAGCUCGCAUGACGUUGCGCCCAGCGCGUACUUUGGCAUGGCGACCAUGAUCAGUGCGCUGCUUCUGGCGGCGAGCGUGGGGGUGGUCUGGGUGCGGUGGGAAAACAAGCGGUCACCGAUGUGCUGAGGGGAGUAGAGGGGGGUGGGGCCAGGCGCGAGUAGAGUAUCGCUGCGACUAUCCCCGUUGUACACGUAGUCGUCUAUGGGCUGUCGGGAGACCGGAUGGGAGUUACCCUGUCAGAGAACACCAGCAGGACUGAAGGCAUUUCACUACUUCGAGCCCUCACCACCAAAAUGUUAC